AUGUCGUCCAACGUGUGCACGUACAACCCGCUGUUCCUGGAAGGCACGUGUUCCUCCCGCUACUCAGACGCUGCGGCUCUGCUAAUAGACGAGGUGUUCUUAUCCCUGGCUGAGGCAGACUGCGAGCUGGCCAACCCCUGCAACUACCCUCCUCAGUACAAUCCUAGGGACUGGGAGGAGUUCGACUUCAUCGUCGUAGGUGCAGGAUCUGCCGGCUCCGUGGUAGCCAAUAGACUGACAGAGAUCGCCGGGUGGACGGUCCUCCUGAUUGAAGCUGGAGGGGAUCCUCCCAAAACAUCUGAAGUGCCCAAUUUAUUCGAUACAUUAUACAAUACGGAAUAUCAAUGGAAUUAUCGAUCUAACUCUGAAGAACCGAUCUGUUUAGGAUUUACUGGUAGCCAAUGCAACUGUGGGAUGGGUAAAAUGUUGGGUGGAUCCAGUUCACAUAACGAACUAAUGUACGUAAGGGGAAACUAUAAGGACUAUGAUGGUUGGGAGGCUCAAGGAAAUGUUGGUUGGAGUUAUAAAGACGUUUUGCCCUAUUUUAAAAAGUCUGAGGAUAUGAGAGCUUCAGGAGUUAAGUGCACCCCUGAUUUCUUCAACUACCAUUCAGUCGGUGGCCCUUUAAAGGUUGAUGACUAUAACAUUGACAAUAUAGAACCAAUACGUUCCAUAUUGGCGGGAGGUUUAUCUGAACUUGGAUACUUCAUAAACCCUGAUCAUAACGGUAGAUAUCAGUCAGGGUUCUGUAGACUAUCAGCCACUAUGGAAGAUGAUAGACGUUGUAGCACAGCAAAGGCCUUUUUAACUCCAAUAAAAGACAGACAAAACUUGAGAGUAACUAAGUUUGCGCAAGCAACAAAAAUAUUAAUAGACGAAAACACUAAGGUGGCAUAUGGCGUUGAGCUGAUUGACAGAAAUGGCUACUUAGUUAGAGUUAUAGCUAAGAAGGAAGUGAUAUUGUCUAGUGGAGCCAUCAGCAGUCCACAGCUGUUAAUGCUUUCAGGGAUAGGUCCGAGUGAACAUUUAUGGGAGCAUGGAAUAAAUGUUAUACACGAUCUACCUGUUGGCAAACGAUUGGAAGAUCAUCCAAUGGCAUAUGGCGUAAUGAUAUCACUUGACGUAUCUUUACCAGAAGUCGACCAAAGACAAAGCAUGUUUAACUUCUUAUUGAAAUUCAACAGCACUUUAGCUGGAAAAGGGAUCAGUUCAUUCGUUUUGUUUAUGGAGAGUGAGAGGAAAGGUUUGGACUACCCAGAUGUUCAAGUUUAUUUUUAUCACUAUAAUAAGAAUUCAACUGGUAUUUUACAGUUUGCUAGGGGUAACGGGUAUAAUGAAGAAAUCGUUGAGAGUUUUAGAUCUAUCAACGAGCACUCACCCGUUCUGUUUGUUACACCGAAUCUCGUCGGGUCAGAAAGUAGAGGUUCUGUCCGACUUCAAAGUAAAAACCCAUUGCAAUUCCCAAGGAUAACUCUUGGCCAUUACUCGGACCCAAGGGAUGUUGAUACUGUAGGCAAAGCCAUUGAUUUCCUUCGUGGUUUGGUGUUCACAGAACCGUUCAAAGCAGUAAAUGCCAGAUAUCAUGAAGUAUUUGUUCGAAGUUGUUCAAAAUUCCCUUAUGAUUCUCGUCCAUACAGGGAAUGUUUUCUUAGACACCUGUCGAGCGUCGGUUAUCAUUUUGUAGGCACGUGCCGCAUGGGACCCCCGGGACACCCCGAGGCCGUGGUAGACCCUCAACUCCGGGUACAAGGUGUGAGUAGAUUGAGAGUCAUCGACGCCUCUGUGAUGCCGAAGAUUACACGAGGCAACACCAACGCCCCAACCAUCAUGAUAGCAGAGAAAGGUUCGGACCUCAUCAAACACACUUGGCUCAGCACUCCUUACAAUGGUGUGGAGGGAUUCAGCAGAGCGUUGCCUUUACAACUUAGAGGCUGGUAAUACUAAUCUACAAGACAAAUAAAAGUAUUGUUGUACUAUUGUAGUUGUUGUAUUCAUU